CAGUUUAAAUACCUGAUUCACGCGUUUAUCUCGUCGAGUAAAGUGAUAAGAAAAACAGAUAAGAAAAUCGAUCCACAAUAUCGUCAAAAAUCGAACGCAUUCACCGCGCUCGUAUGGCACCAAAAUGGCAAUGUGGAAUCGAAUCCUGUUCAUUUUCCUCAUUUUGAACGUCACACCUACGAUUCGGAGCAAGUGGCUCACGUACGAAGAGUUUUUCGCGUUGUUUCGCGAAAGGGGAGACAUAGCGAAAGGGAACAUCAUCUGGGCCAGGGAGAAUUGCCAGCAGGGCUUCGUGAUGCUCGGAACCGGCCGGUGCUUGAAACCCUAUCACCAGUCGAAUUAAUUCGUGAAUUUGAAUCAGUGUAAGUGAAUUUAGGCACUAGAUUAUUAGGUGUAUAUGGAAGUUUAUAAGUUAGGUAAUUUAUUGAAUCAACAUGUGUUUGUAUCAGCAAUAAAAAUGAAUUGAAUAGUUGCACUGACUUG